UUGAAACAUCUAUAGAUAGGGGUUUAGGGUUUAAGGCAGUAACCCUCCAACAAAGGCGCACUUUUGCAACCUCUGUUUGCCUGUUUUCUCUUUUUCUUUUUCCAGAGAAGAGAAAAUGAUGGGCGCUAACACAGGGAAGAAACAGAAAGUGGAUGAAGAAAAUAGCAACAUCAUUUAUAGUGAGAUCGUUACUUCCAUUGACAAAUUGCAAGAAAUACAAGACGAGCUUGAGAAGAUCAAUGAGGAAGCAAGUGAUAAAGUAUUGAAAGUGGAACAGGAGUACAGUGAGAUCCGCAAGCCUGUCUAUGAUAAACGAAACGACAUCAUUAAAGCUAUCCCGGACUUUUGGUUAACUGCUUUUUUGGCUCAUCCUGUCCUAGGUAGACUUCUAAAUGAAGAAGACCUAAAGAUCUUCAAGUUUUUAAGUUCUAUUGAAGUUGAAGAGACUAAAGAUGUGAAGUCAGGCUACUCGAUAACCUUUAACUUCAAUGCGAAUCCUUAUUUUGGAAAUAAUAAGCUCUCAAAGACCUAUACCUUCCUUGAAGAUGGACCCACAAAGAUUUCUGGUACGACAAUAAAAUGGGAAAAAGGCAUGGGCAUUCCUAAUGUAGUUGCACAUAAGAAGAAAGGAAAAAAGCGAUCUCGCGAUAAGGAAAGCUUUUUUACAUGGUUCAGCGAAGUCACUCAAAAAGAUGAUGAGGAUGACGCUCUAGAGAUUCAGGAUGAGGUUGCUGACAUAAUUAAGGAUGACUUGUGGCCGAACCCGCUCUAUUAUUUUGAAUAUGACCCUGAUGAAGUUUUUGAUAGUGAUGAGGUAAAGAUACAUCACUGUUUCAUAAGUGUCGCAUCUGCAUCAUGGAUAAGUACAUGUUUCAUAAGUUUCUUUUUGAGCGUACAUUAUUUGAGAAUAUCUCGUUUCCAUAUUACCUCUUGGAUUAUAUCUUCAAAGAAGUUGUCUUGUCUUCGUUGUAAAUAAUAUCGAAUAUUCUUCCUAAGCUGUUGAUCAGUUUCAUAAGAAGGUACUUCCCAAGGUCAAAAUUGUAGUAAGUAUUAAAGGGUAAUGGAGGUCAGAAGAAAACUGCGGAGUUGAGUGGAGCUUGAGGUCAUAACUACCUUAUCACUAGAAUUCAAGUGUUUGGUUUUGGUUGGGGAUUUUUUGUUGCAUAGUAAACUGUUGAAUAAGCUUGCUUGAAUAUUGGCAUUAGAUUGAGCGCUUACUAAGAGUUCUAUAACUCCUAGCUUAAGCGCUUUUUGGGGGAAAACUAUUUGCCAAGUAUAACUUCCUUUAUCCUUUUCUUUCUCCCCGCUAACUAUGUCAAUUCAAUAGCAAGAUAGCAUGCUCUCUAGAUAGAGGUUUUUUGAGAUUUUCAAGUAUUUUCCUCAUUUUAUUUGUCUUCAAUAGAAACAUAAUCCAUGGAGGCUCUAAAAUCUUAAGAUCUGCAACCUCCUACAUCUUUGUUGUGGUGGGUUCUCUCUUUCCUUUUGAUGCUCAUGCUACAUUUUCUAGAUUAUUGCGAGCAAUUUUCAGCUUGGGUUCUGAGCCUCACAAGAUUCAUUUACCAUGGUUUCCAACAAAAUUUUACUAGUCUUAUAUCAAGUCAAAAGUAAUGAAGGGGGGCCCGAAAAACAUAAAACACCAAAGGUUGAAAGGGUAGGAAUUCCUGCGAGUUUUUUUGGUUGACGUUUCAAAAGACAUCUUGCCUUUUGCAAUAAUGAGGCUGCCAAGAUGACUUUACUGGUCUUCCACUAAUAAAUGUACCUUCGCCUUUUUGUGUGUGUGGGAUGGGGGGUGGGGGUGCGGUUGCUUUCAAGUCCAGAGGGUUAG